GCCGUUUGUACCUGCUUUAACUCACUCUGCCGAGAUGACGUCAUUUACUGCAAUUAAAAGUGUUCGAAAAUCUGACGUCAUCGCGUUGGUGCGUUUUUAUGACGUCAUGUGGGGCUCAGUGGGGACGUCACGUGGCUCGCUCGCUGUCACGUGCGCAGAGGUAUUCAAUCUGCGGCUCUUUAAGGAACGCUUCGUGACUCCCCGGCACUAUAAUUGCAAAGUGAAAAAAAACACUCCUAACAACAAUGAUUUGUAACGCGGUAAUUACAAAUCGUUGCGCGCGUGCUUUUCUUAAAAGUGAUUACAAAAAAUAUGGUUUUCAUGUUAUUCAUUAAGUACCGUCUUGUAUUCACACGCAUUGCGGCUUUCGAAAUAUAUAGGGUUUUUAUUACCGAAUUCGAAGGAAAUGGAACUUAUUAUUAUUUUGUUUGCCGACCCAUUGCGCGUGCGUGACCGCGUGCCGAGGAGACGGAACGAGAAGCACGUGGACUAGAGACGUCACACAGCACACGAUGGCUACGCCACGCACGUGCUUGUCUCAUCGACGGCGGAGCAGCAGCCAAUUGAAGGGAUUGUGCCCACGGAGGGUGACGUCCGCCGCAGAGAUGGAUCGUGGAGCGAUGAAAUCGCCUCGCGUGUGUAGACAGAUCCUCGAUGGGAUGCUGUUGCAUCGCGAGACCGUGAAGGAUGUUGGCGAUGGCAUUGGGACGUCUUCGUCCAGCGGUGAAUCGAGCAUAAGGUUUUCCUCGCGCUCGCCCCCAUGCAGUCGGAGCAGAUGAACGGCACGCCGUCGAGCGAGCAGUCGCACGCUCUCACGCAUCCCCCGGACGGCACCCUCGCGCACUAUCUGGGCGUGCGCCACGCGGGAGCCUCCGCCCUGGCCGAGCCCAUCACCGCCAAGAGGGUCUACUUUUACAAGAGCGGAGACCCGCAGUUCGGCGGCCUCAAGGUGGCCAUCAACAACCGCACGUUCAAGACGUUCGAUGCGCUGCUGGACAACCUGUCGCGCCGCAUGCCGCUGCCUUUCGGCGUGCGCACCGUGAGCACGCCGCGCGGCCUCCACGCAGUGCGCGACCUCGAGCAGCUCGAGGACGGCAAGGCCUACGUCUGCUCCGACCGCCGCCGUGCCAAGCCCCUCGACCUGGAGCAGGCCUCGCGCCGCCCCCAGCCCUGGAGGUCGAGCCGCCGCCCCCUGACGAGCAGCAGCAGCCGCCGUCAGGCUUUGCGUCUGCUGCGGCGGCAGGAGAUGGGAGGGGGAGCGGAGGAGCCGAGGUUGGCGCGCGCCACCCCGCGUCGUCUUACUCUGGUGCGCAACGGCGAUGCGACGGGGCCGCGCUACGCCCUGCUGCUGUCACGCCGUUCCGCCUCCAGCGGCCUCGCCGGGCUGCUCGCCGAUGCCUCCCAGAUCAUGGGCUUCAGCGUGGCGCGGCUCUACACCACCGAUGGGCGCAAGGUGGAGAGCCUGCAGGCCCUGCUGCACGUGCCAUCCACGCUGGUGGCCGCCGGUCGGGAGCCGUUUCAGCCGCUGCUCUACGACGCCGCGCGGCUGCCGCUGCUGCAGAACCCUCGCGGUGCCGCCCGGGCCGAGGGCAAGACGAAGGGCCGUUUCAAGGUGUGGGUGAGCACGGGGGAGCUGGCCGCCGCCGGCACGGACGCGCGCGUCUCCGUGACGUUGUACGGGGAGCGCGGGCACGCGGGGCCCAUCCUGCUCGGCGCUGGCAGCGGCGGCACCGGUGGCACCUUCAGCAAGGGCAGUGAGGAGGAGUUCACGGUCUCUGCCGGGAACGUAGGGGAACUCUACAAGAUCCGCAUCAGCCACGACAACUCCGGCGAGUCCCCGGGAUGGCUCUGCCAAGCGGUGCGGCUGCUGGACCUGCACACGAAGGAGGAGUUCGAGAUGCGCGUGAACCGCUGGCUCUCGCGAGACGAGGACGACGGAGAGAUCUGCCGGGAGGUGGCGGUGCCACGGCGCACAGGGCCCGUCCUGCCCGCGGUGCGCUAUGAGGUGCGCGUCACGACGGGCGAGCUGUGGAACGCCGGCACGGAGGGGCGCGUCCACGUGGCGGUGCAUGGCGAUCGCGGCGACACGGGGCCGCGCCUGCUGCAGCGCUCGCGGCACCCCACCUCCUUCCAGCGUGGCCAGACGGACGUGUUCCGCCUGGAGGCCGUGCACCUGGGCCGCCUGCAGCGCGUGCUCGUGAGCCACGACUCCGAGGAGCCGGGCAAAGGCUGGUACCUGGAGAAGGUGGUGAUCCAGGACCCGCUGGCCGACACGGAGAGCGUGUUCCUCUGCCACCGUUGGCUGGACACGGGCGAAGACGACGGGAAGACGUCGCGGGAACUCAACAUCGUGGAUCGAACGCUGAGCGCGGCACAGCAAGAGCAGGAGCUGCUUGAGAAGGAGCUGUGGGCAGCCGAGGGCUGGAAGUUCCAGCGUGGCAGCGUCCUGCAGCUCACGAACAAGCUCACCGGGCGCCUGCUGCGGAUCAAGCCUGAUGCCUCGGUUGACGCGCUCGGGGAGAAGGGCGACAAAUACAGUUACUUUGAGGUGGCACGGCGGCGUGGCAACGUGCGGGCAUUCAACAGCCUGGCGCUGCCCGCGUACUAUCUAGCAGUGGAGCAGAACCACGUCGUGGGCAUGAGCGAGAACGGGCCGGCGUGCGACUUCAGCGUGUGCGUGCAGCGCGACCGCAGCGUGCAGCUCGCGUCCGUGCGCCUGCCCGGCCACGCCGUGCUCUUCACGCCGCACGGCCGGCCCGGCGACACCAAGGCGGCCGCGCAGGGCCCCGCGUGCCUCUUCUACGUGCACGUCAAGGGCGUGUUCCGUGACGGGGCGGUGCUGCUGCUCAACUCGAGCACCACGCAGGCGCUGUCGGUGUCGGCGGACGGGCGGUGCAGCGGCGCGGGCCGGCGCUUGGAGGCGUCGCACCUGCGCGUGCACGCGGUGGCGCCGCGCACCUGCAUGUUCGAGAGUGUCGCGUUCCCGCGCAGGUUCCUCCGCGUCAAGGACGGCCACUGCGACGGGCUGGGCAUUGGCGACAAGCACUGCCACUUCAUCGUGCACAAGCAGCGCGACUGGAGCUCGGUGGGGCUGGAGUCGGCGCGCCACAAGGGAAUCUUCGUGGGGCUGCAGGCCGACGGGCAGGCGCGGCCCCUUGUCAACGCCGGCGAGGCCAACACCACCUUCUACCCACAAGUCAUCUCCUUCGGCAGAGAAAAGGCUUCGCGUCACCUCGACCUGUCGAUGGAGGAGACGCCGCGACUCUUGUCGGCCCUCUCCCCCAUGCCGCUCGACACCCCCAAAGGGUGGGAGUGGCGCGUGCUGGUCACCACGGGCAGCGAGGGCACGGGCGCGCGCGUGCAGCUCUGGGUGUACGGGGAUCGCGGCUCCGCGGGCCCCAUUUUCCUGGGCAAGGGCGAGCGCGACGGCAUCUUCAGCGCCAAGCAGGAGGACGAGUUCCAGAUAACGCUCCCGGACCUGGGCAAGAUCUACAAGAUCCGCAUGGCUCACGACGGCUCCAGCGAAAACCCGGACUGGAAGCUACAGCAGGUGGUGCUGCGGGGACUCCGUGGGGGCGACACGUUGCGCUUCCCGGCCAACCGCUGGCUGUCGCGGCGCCACGGCGACGGGCAGACGGUGCGCGAGCUGCCGGCGGUGCGCGACGCCACGGGGAAGCCUCUCCACCCAGUGCUGCGGUACCGCGUGUUCGUGAGCACGGGAGAUGAGCCGGGCGCGGAGACGCAGGCACCCCUCUUCCUGUGCCUGCAUGGCGAGCGUGGAGACAGCGGCGAGCGCGAGCUGCUCACCUCCGACCACGCCGUGCCUUUCCGCCGGGGACAGACGGACGUGUUUGAGCUGGAGGCCGUGAGCCUGGGGGAGCUGCGCCGCGUUUCCCUGCGCUGCGAUGCGCGCGCCGCUCACGACCGCUGGUUCUGCCACGCGGUGUCCGUGCGGGAGUCGCCGCACUCCGACCUCGAGUACGGAUUCCCCUGCAACAGAUGGAUCCCCGAGGAGUUCUCUGCCGAGGACGCCCAGAGAGAGAAGCUGCUGCUUCUGGAAGAAAUCCGGAAAGUGACGCCCCUGGAAGCGAAGUCGGAGGUGAACGAGAGUGAGUGGAAGAUUUUGCUGGUGACGGGCGACGGGCCGGACUCGGGCACGGAGGCGACCGUGAGCCUCGUGGUGUACGGGGAGCGCGGCGUGUCGCGGACGCUGCUGCUCGGCUCCGGGGAGAGCCACCUCUUCAAGCCGCGCAGCGUCGACAGCUUCCGGAUCUCUCUGCCGGAGCUGGGGGAGCUGUACAAGCUGCGCGUGGGCCACUCGGGCGUGGGCGAGGCCUCCGCCUGGCUCCUGGAGCGCGUGCGCCUCAAGCCGGCGGGCGGCCGCCCCCUGGAGCUGCCCGUGACCCGCUGGCUCGCCGACGACCGAGACGACGGCGACACCUGGAGGGAGGUGCCCGUUCCCCGGCCCGGCAAACGCCUCCUGCCCGUGGUGGUGUACCAGUUGAGCGUGCUGACGGGCGGACGCGCGGGAGCCGACACGGACGCGCGCGUGCACGCGUCACUCUGGGGCGAGCGGGGCGACUCGGGGGCCCGACUUCUCCACCGCUCCCUCAACAACCCCAUCCCCUUCCAGGAGGGGCAGAUGGACGUGUUCCGGCUGGAGGCCGUUUCCCUGGGCGAGCUCCGCAAGGUGGUGAUCGGUCACGACGGCACGAGCCCAGGGCAGGGCUGGUUCCUGGACAGGGUCGUCGUGAAAGUGACGGGCAGCGAAUUGGACAGGGAAUACGUCUUCCCGUGCGAGAGGUGGCUGGACCAGGGCAGGGAUGACGGAAAGGUGGAGCGGGAGCUGGAGGCUCAAGCUCCCAUACAGAUUGGCAAGACUCCGAAAAAAGACACGCGCUACCGCGUGACGGUGAUCACGGCGUCCGACUCGCUGCCCCCGCUGGGCGCCUCGGCCUCCCUGGUGGCGUACGGCGCGCAGGGCCGCUCCGACGAGAUGACGCUGCCGUCCGUGCGGCCGGGCCACCUGGGCUUCCAGCCCGGCUCCUCCGACACCUUCCUGGUGGACCCGGGCGACGUUGGGGAGCUCUACAAGGUGCGGCUGAGCGUGGAGGACCCCUCCGAGUGGCAGGGCUGGCACCUGGAUGCACUGCGGCUCGAGGAGGUGGCCACGGGCCACGUGCUGGCGCCCGCCGACGCCCGCGGGUGGCUUUCGCGCACGCGGGGCAAGCGCGGCACCGCGCGGGAGUUUGCCGUGGCCCCCGAGGGACGGUCGCCCCUGCCCGUCCAUCGUUACGUGGUGUCCGUGCACGUGGGCGAGCGGUGGGGAGCCGAGACGUUUGCCGGCGUGUACAUGACGCUGUAUGGGGAGUCGGGCGACACCGGCUGUCGCAAGCUGCUGCGCUCGCUGCAACCGGGUCUCAAGUUCCAGCGGGGCCGGACGGACUCUUUCCUGGUGGAGGCGGUGUCGCUGGGGCAGGUGCGCAAGGUGGUGAUCGGGCACGACGGGGAGGGAUAUGGCUCGGGGCUCUUCGUGAAGAUGGUAACGGUGCGCGAGUCCAACUCGGCGGCGCGCGAGUCGCUCUUCCCGUGCUGGGCUUGGCUCGACGACCACAUGGGCGAGCGCCGCACCGUGCGCAAGCUCCAUCUCCUGGGCGAGAGGGCCGUGGCGGAGACGCCGAACCAUCUCACGGAGUCUCGCCAGGCAGAGCGGAAGGAGGAGGAGGAGGAGAAGAAGGAGAAGAAGGAUGACCUCUCGUCCACCUCGCAGUGGAAGAUCACUGUGCUGGGAGCUCCCCGCUCGGACGGGGAGGAGGAGGAGGAAAAAUGGAAGGAGGAGGGGAGGGAGAAGGGGGAAGGAAAGGGUGGGGCGCACAGGGAGGCCCGGGCACCCCCACACCUCCGGUUGGCGCUGUACGGCACGCGGGGCAGCACCGUCCUGCACACCCAUGUCCUGUCCUCCUGCCACGAGCUCACGUGGGACGUGCCGCGCGUGGGGGAGCUGCUGAAGCUGCGAGCGUCCGUGGACCCCGAGGACGACGUGACCUCCGUGCCGCAGGAGGGGGGGGGCGGCGGAGCUUCGUCAAGGACGCUACUGGGCGUUCGGUUGCAGUCGGCCUCCAGCAGCAACGGAGGGCAGAGCAACGACGAGCGAAGCUGUGACCCCCCUGUCUGUCGCUGUCGCCCCGUGACCCCCCCCCCGCCUGCCGCUGUCGCCCCGCCAGCGCUGCUGUACGUGGUGGAGGUGCACACCGGGGAGGCGCGCGGCGGCGGGGCGGACGGCCGCGUGUGCGUUCACCUGCACGGGGAGCGCGGCGACUCGGGCCGCCGCUGGCUCGAUGGCCGCCCCCGCGCAUUCCGCAGGGGACAGGUGGACGUGUUCAAGGUGGAGGCCGUGCACCUGGGAGAGCUGCGGUCGGUCACCGUGGGCUACAGUGGGCACAGGGAAGGGGGCUGGCUGCUGGAGCGCGUGGUGGUGACCGAGGGGGAGGCCGCAAUGCAUCGCUGCGUCUUCUCCCACGGCGGCUGGAUCAUGGCGGCGCCAGGCGGAGGUCCCGGGACCGUGGAGGUGUCACUCUCGCUCACGGAAAAACUGAAGGUGCUGCCGCCCGACCCGGCGAAGGGGGCGGCCGCACCGAGCAGGGGAUUGUGGGACGCGUGGGUCAUGUCGGCCGAGGCGGAGGGCCCGGGCAUCUGGCCGCCGGCGGUGCACGCCGUGGCGUACGGAACGCUGGGGAAGUCGCCGCCGCUGCCCGUCGGCAACGUGAACGACCGGCCCUUCCUGCUGCACAUCGGCGAUGUCGGGGACCUCAGGAAGCUUUCCUUCGUCUGCACCGAGGGUCUGCAUGGGAAGGGCAUCCUCCUGAGCAAGGUGCGCCUGAAGGACCGUGACACGCGCGAGGAGCUCGGCUUCGAGGCCGCCGACGUGUGGCUGUUUGGCAAAGACGGCACGGAGCCCGUGACAGAGCUGGCGGUGAUCCGGCCGGACUGCCCGCCCCUCCCUGACGUGGAGUACGAGGUUCGCGUGCGCACCGGGGACGUGCCGGCCGCGGGCACCCACGCGCCCGUCCACCUCACGCUCGUCGGGGAGUUCGGUGACUCAGGCCCCCGGCCGCUGCGUCGCGGCGAUCACCGCGACGCCUUCCUCCGCGGCCAGACGUCGAUGUUCGCGGUACGCGCCGUGGAUCUGGGGCCGCUGACGUCUGUGCGGGUCGGCGUGCGCGCCGCCGGGCUCGGCUCGGGCUGGUUCCUCGACACCGUGGCGGUGCGGUGCUCCCCCCCGGGGUCGCUGGGGUCACGGGGGGCAGCCGGCCACGCAGAGCUCCUCUUCCCGUGCCGCCAGUGGCUCGACGACGGAGUCGGCGACCGCAGCACCGAGCGGACGCUGCGGCUGCUCGGGGAGACGCGGGACGGGCUCGGGGAGACGCCGGCGUCGCACGGGGGCUCGUGGACCCUUCGCCUUCACACCGGUGACUUCCCGGACGCCGGCACGGAGCUGGGCAUCUCGGUGACGGUGUGCUGCCGGGCCGGCGCGGCGCCGCCCAUCGGCGUGCCACGGGGGGCCCUGCGGGCCAGGGGCCGCCACUACGAGGCCUCGCUGGUGCUGCCCGAGGAGCUGGGCCCCGUCGUCAAGGUCCGCGUCGAGAUGGAGGAGGGCGAGGCCAGAGACAGCUGGUACUGCCGCAAGGUGACGCUGCGGCGGCGGCGGCGGCAGGACAGAGAUGGCGGAAGAGGCUCAGGAGAAGGGGACGGCAAAGAGAUUCUCAAGUUCCCGUUUGUGCGCUGGUUCUCCCCGGAGAAUGGCGGACAGGUGUCCGAGCUGCCCCUGCUCUCGUCAGGAUCGCCAGAAUCGCCGAUCCCUGUGGUGCUGGAGUACGUGGUGAGCGUGCGCACGGGCUCCUCGGAGAGCUCUGCGACGACGGCGCGCGUCUGGCUCACCGUCACCGGCGAGCGCGGCGACACCGGGAGACGCGUGCUCGCCCGGCGCCGCGGAGAGAGGAGCUUCGCCAAGGGGCGCGUGACCUCCUGGUCGCUGGAGGCGGUGGAGCUGGGGCCCCUGAGGGAGGUGCUGGUGGAGAAGGGGCCCGGCAGCGACUGGCACGUGGAGGCGGUGAGCGUCCGCGAGGGCCCCUUCGCGCCGCUCGAGGCCGUCUUCCAGGCCCAUCGCUGGCUGCGCGACGGCGCGGCGGGCCCCACCGCGUCCGUGCGCGUCCCGCUUACCGAGGUUCGGCCGAGUGCUACGACCGUGGCCCCCCUGCCCAGCGACGCUCCAGCACCCAAGUCCGAUGGGCGCUGGCGAGUGGAGCUGACGCUGGGUAACGAAGAUGACGACGACGGCGAUGGUGGCGGGUCUGCGCGCGGCAGCCCGGGGCGGCAGCAGCAGCAGCAAACGCUGCUGCCACCGGGUCUGUGUCUCGUGGUGUACGGCUCCGAGGGCAAGACGAGCCCCAUGCCCCUCGUGGGCCCCCGGCACGGCACGGGCGACGGCGGCGCCAGCAGCACCAUCGCGUUCGAGGCAAGUUGGCCGUCGACAACAUCAUCAUUGCCACCGGCACAUGUGUCGUUCCCCGUGAGCGUGGGCGUGCCGUACAAGGUGCGGCUCGGGGCGCGUGACGGCUCAGCGCCCUGGGAGCACGGCCCGGGUGGAGGGAACGAGCGCGCGGGCACCACCGCCGACACCACGGCCGCCCCGCGCCUGCGCCGUUUCCGCAUGACGGACGUGCGCACGCGCGCCACCUUCACCCAUGCACCCGGCGAGGCGCUGCCUCCCCCGUCCGGCGGGGACGUCUGGAUGGAGAUCCCCGCUGAGUGGCCCCAGAGACCAGCGCCGACGGUGCUCCGGUACCAGGUGCUGGUGUUCGGUGAGGACUUCAUUGCAGCGCAGGUGGCUCCGCGCGUCACGCUCAUGGUGGUCGGCACGCAUGGCGACUCGGGCGAGCGCUGGCUGGGCGAGGCGACUCGUGGGGACCAGCAGGGCGCCCACGACCGGCCGGUGAUGGUCUUUGAAGUGAAGGCCGUGGAUCUGGGGGAGCUCCGGCGAGCCAUCCUCUCCGCCUCCUGUGAAAUCGAUUACAACAUUCAAGUGGACAAGAUUGUGGUUAAGAAUUCCGAUUCCACAGACAACACUUACGAGUUUGAAUUGGAGGAAGGGAGUUUAAAUGUUCUCGGCCGAAAACCGGCUAUCUCCAAAGAAAUGCGUCUGAUUAGAGCCACCAGGAGCCCAUCAAUAGGCUCAGACCAAGCAACUUUGGCCAAUGGUAACUUCGUGGAGGAGUUUGCGCAGGAUGCUCCAGCCAAUGAGAUUGCUGGGGACCACCAUCCUGAAGCUUCAGCCAGUGAUGGUGCAUGGGUAGAGCCUGAACAGGACCCCCUGACCGAUGAGAUCAUGGCAGCGGGACUUCCCGAAGAAGACGAAGCAUUCGACGAGGGAAAAAGCGACAUAUCUUCUGGUGAUGAUGAGCUGUUUGGACCAGCGAGCGUGGAACCGGAGGAAUAGCUUUGACCUAAUAAUACCUCUUUUCCACUGGGACACCUGAGCUAAGCCAUCAUGGAGCCCUAACAGCAACGGUAGUUUUCCACUCACUACUUUCCGUGGCAAGACGGUACCAAGCUGUAAUACUCUGGGCUCAUAAUGCAUCAGAAUCUGGCUCGGGGGGCCAAGAAAGUCCAGGGCUGGACUAUAGACGCGUUCACUGGAUGUGAUGUCAGUCAGUACACCGUGAGGAUAGCAUCUCCGCGGACAUGUGUCUCGUUCAUUGCGUGUGAGGCAAGUGGCACAGCUUGGUUUCUGCAGUGGGAAUACAACCAGGCGCUUCCUGAGCCACACUGAACUAGCUCAGCAUGGACCUCCGAUUAGCACGGUGUGAAAGAAGUUUACACACGACCUGGCAUGGCUCAAUUGUGUAGUGGAAAAGAUAAGGCACAGUGAUUAUCUCAGAGGCUAUAUUUAAGAUUGUAAAUGUGGCACUGUGUGCAAAACUUCUACUCUUACAGAAAUAACCAGUGACAAAUGUGCUCCCAUUUUUCUGCAUUUACAAAUAGGAGCCAUUCCAUUUAUAUCAGUAAAACAAAUCCUCAAGAUAAAUACUGUAAAUGCACUUUGGAGCUACAGAUAGAGACAUCUUCCUCAAUCGCUGGUGCUGUGCUGUGAACGUUACCAAAAGUCCAUAUGCACGCACCAGACUGGUUACAAAAACCAAAGCACAUUUUGUCAUGCACAAUUCAAUUCAGGUAAAGCUUCUAAAUUUAAAGAGAUUGAUUUUUUCAUGAAUAGCUUUUUUUUAGGGUUGUUUUCAUUUUGAUAUGUACAAAAUAAAGAAUUGGUUGUGUUUUGAAUGCA